AUGACCAACAACCUCAACCGGCAGCCGUCAGACUCAGACGCCCUUGAUCAAAGCGAUGAUAAAGACAGCAUCCUUGAUACCUACCUUGUUGGCAUCGGACUCGCUCAAUGGGUGCCCGAAAUCCAUUCUGCUAUUGCCCAAGGGGCUCAAGACGUACUUUCCAUCAUGACGCAACCACGGUCGGUCGAUGAAAUACGCGAAGCAUCCCGCAAGAUGCGACACUCCCCAGCAAGCACCAUCCAGGUGACAGGCAUCAUGUGGUACCUCACCUAUCUUAGCAUCGAACGCGGCCAGACCUUUGUGACGGGCGCGUACCUGUGCCGCGAUCCAGAAGGCCGGUUAGCAGCCUACUUCAACGGCAUUGGAACACCACGCAUCAGCAGCCAUUUGAAGAGACACACCUCACCAGGAUGCACAGCCGGUAUCGAUCUUCGUAUCCCCGCGGGCAAAUCCAAUAUUGCGGAACGGCCGCCUCCCCUUCCUCAUGGCCACUGCCACAUCCUCUCCAUUGCAAUCGUGAACGACAAACGGCGAGGAAAGUGUCUGUAUCUCAAACCCGAGCGCUACGGCGUCCAUGGAAUUCGCAACCUGGCGCACCACGCUAUCAUGUAUAGCAAGUCACUGAAGCGCAAGCACACCUUUGGCGGGAACGAAGUCCCUGGAAUGCGUAAGGAGCGUAUCCCGGAUGACUUCGUGGUGGCCUUCGCUGAGGCGGCUGCUUCGCUUGAAGGCGGGUCGGAUGCUAUUGCUGAGGUUGGUCGUCGGGGUAAGGGCGAGGGGAUCGGCGGGAUGUAUGAGUUUCUGACGAGGACGCUGGGUGAUGCAAGCGUGGUGCUGCCUGAGGGGUCUGAGAAGCGCAUGCGGCAUCUUCUAGGGCGGCUUGAGUCUGAGUACGAUUUUGUUGAUCUACGGUUUGGGAAUGAGGUUGUCAUCGACCUUCCGGUUGAGAUCAACAGGACACUCCCGGAAGCACCGGGGGUUGUUGGUCCGUCACCAUUGCUGCGGUGGGCUUCGAGUGCCGCGUGA